GUGAAGGCAUUCGUGGAGGACAAUGAUCUUGAUGGCGAUGUCGAGUAUAGCCAAGGUGUCCUCACGCUCAGACUUGGGACCAAGGGUACUUACGUAAUCAAUAAGCAGGCGCCAAACCACCAGAUAUGGUCGUCCUCCCCAGUAAGCGGACCUGUGCGCUAUGACUAUAUAGAUGGUCGCUGGGUGUACAGGCGUGAUGGCCAUGAUCUACUGGAGCGCUUGGAGACAGAGGUCAAGGAGCUGACAGGACUGACCAUACAUCUGAGUUGA